UGGAAGCCCAAGGAUAUCUACCGGGAGGUGUCGCAGCAGCUGGUGUACCAGCAGCAGCCCACCUGGUCCCGUGAGAAGGUGAACAAGCAGGCGGUGUUCGAGUUUGAGUCGGCCGCCCGGCAGUUCAUGGUGAGCACCCUGCGCGUGGCCAAGAGCUUCCGACCCAAGCAACUCUGGGGGUUCUACCUCUUCCCCGACUGCUACAACCACGACUACAGCAAGAACAAGGAGAGCUACACCGGCCAGUGCCCGGAUGUGGAGAAGACGCGCAAUGACCAGCUGGCGUGGCUCUGGAGGGAGAGCAUGGCCCUCUACCCCUCCAUCUACCUUGACCUGCUCCUGGCCUCCACCCCCAACAGCCGCAAGUUUGUGCGGGCACGGGUGAUGGAGGCCAUGCGUAUCUCGCAGCAGCACCACGAUGGCUAUUCCCUGCCCGUUUUCGUCUACACCCGACCCACCUACAUCCGCAAGCUGGACGUGCUCAGCCAGUCGGACCUGAUCUCCACCAUUGGAGAGAGUGCGGCGCUGGGAGCAGCUGGAGCCAUUUUCUGGGGUGACGCUGACUACACUAAAAACCGGGACUCGUGCCAGAUCAUCAAGAACUACCUGGAGGGGGACCUGGGCCGCUACAUCGUGAAUGUCACGACGGCAGCGCAGGUCUGCAGCACGGUGCUGUGCCAGGGCCGGGGCCGCUGCCUGCGCCAGGACAGCACUGCCGACGUCUUCCUCCACCUCAACUCCACCAGCUUCCAGCUGCGGCACCGGGAUGGGGACCACCCCCAGCAC